GGGACCGAGGGACUGCUUGCGCCCAGGGAGACGCGGCUCGGGGCUCCCGGGCUGAAGGUCCCAGCUGCGCAUCAGCAGAGGACGAAGACGAAGCGGUGUCAGCGCCCGAGGAGCUGCGGCCCCGCCCGGAGCCUGCAGAGUGCCCGGGAUGCCGCCAGCCGUGGCCGGGGGUGGCUCGGGCUUGGCGGUGGCGGGCCCCCGCUCGCUGAGCCCCGCCACCCUGUCCCGCAGCCUAUCUCGCCUGCGCGAGUACCGGACCCGCUCCCGGAUCAUGCUGGCUCUCGGGGUCACGCAAAUGGUGCUCGGAUGCCUCAUCGUGGCGGUCAGCUUCGCGGCACUGGCCCUGACCACCUCAGCCAGGGUCCGGCACUCCUGCCCCUUCUGGGCUGGCUUCUCGGUUCUCUUAUCAGGACUGAUUGGUGUUGUUUCUUGGAAAAGGCCCUUAUCCCUUGUGAUAACCUUUUUCAUGCUGCUGUCUGCAGUGUGUGUAAUGCUGAAUUUGGCUGGUUCCAUUCUCUCCUGUCAAAAUGCUCAGCUAGUCAACUCCCUAGAAGGCUGUCAGUUGAUAAAAUUCGACAGUGUCGAAGUCUGUGUUUGCUGUGAAAUGCAACAUCAAUCAUCGGGCUGCAGCAACCUUGGUGAAACCCUGAAACUGAACCCACUUCAGGAGGAUUGUAAUGCUGUGAGACUGACUUUGAAGGACCUGUUAUUCAGUGUGUGUGCUCUCAACGUCAUUUCUACUAUUGUUUGUGCUUUGGCUACAGCUAUGUGCUGUAUGCAGAUGGUUUCUUCUGAUGUGUUACAAAUGUUUCUUCCACAGAGAUCACAUUCCACAAACCCAGACUGUAUGACUCCCCAUGGAACCAUUCUCCACCAGACCUUGGAUUUUGAUGAAUUCAUACCUCCAAUACCUCCCCCACCCUAUUACCCACCAGAGUAUACCUGUACACCCAUGAUAGAGCUCAAAGGACUUCACUUGGAAUUUCCUCAUUCUCCAUUCAGUACUUUGUAUGAAGUUGCUAUCAACAGUCCUGGGAUUCUUUAUCCAACAGAACUCCCUCCUCCAUAUGAAGCAGUGAUUGGACAGACACCUGCAAGCCAGGUUACCAGUCUAGAUCAGCAAGUAACUGAAUCGAGCUUGGGGGAUCAAAAUACAACUGCAGGUUUCAGCACACAAGUUUCUGUUGAUAGUACUUCUCUUUUGGUGUCUGAAGUUGCUGACAUUCCAGAUCAUAGCUACUCCUCUGAGGACCUUUGUUCUUUGGAAGUUCAAGGCUCUCUCCGUUCUGCAGAUUUUUCUCCAUAUGGUACAAUCCGUAAAGCAGCCACGGACAGUUGUACCAGCUUGGAUCGCAGUGUGCGCUGCAGGUUCCACAGGACUCACUCACCAUGUUCCCCCAUGGAGGCUAGAGGCUGCCGGCACAGAGCAUCUCUAGACAGAUCUCAGAUCCAGGACUAUGAGAGUUCUUCUCAGAGAUCUCCAGACUGUUCUUCAGAGAAUUACAGCUUUUCAGAGUCCCAGGGCUCUGUGCGGGAGAAUCAAUCUCAGCCACAGUUGAAACAGAUGAAAAUGUGUUGUGGGACCUUUAGCCAGUCUUCUGCAACUCAUUCCCAGCCCUCUCUCUGUUCAGUUCCCGCAAAUCCUUCACCACACCAUGGCUGCCCAGAGAGAACUGUCCCUCCAAGACGUGUUAGAAAAAAACGAAUUUCAAAUAUUGUUCGAUCUACCAGUGAUCCCAUUUCAUGUUCAUCCAGCACAGAAGGAGAUACCUCUUCCUACACACCUCUAUAUAGCCAGCAUCAUGAAGCAGGAAUAUCUCAGUCGGACUUAGAGACAGUUUCCAUUUCUAGCUCUCACAUGGCUGCUUCUGCUUAUCAGGACCAUUUUUUGCCAGCUGGAAAACAAAGAGAUACCAGGAAAGUUGACCAACAGUUAAAGCCAAAGGCCUUACAGACCAUCUCAAAAGAGCAGCCACCCCCUUUAGUGGACCUUAAGGCCUAUAAAGACACAAAAAUUUUGGUGGCUAAAUUUUUGGAACAUUCAAACUGUAAUCUCCCUCCAGAAGUGCAGCAUGUGGUGAACACUAUCCGAUCAGUCAUCAAAUCUGAUGAACGACACAUGGAAGAAGCCAUCUUCAGUGCCAACAUUAUAGACCAGGUCAUUGCCAGUUCUCAGCAGAAUGUGACUCUCUCUAGAAAACAGCUUCAAGAAGACCUCCAUCUGCAAAGCUGUGGUGCCCUCAGCUCCCCAAUUGCUUUCUUGCAUAGGGUACGCCUCCCUCUCAGUCUAGAAGGGAAUGGUCCCCAGAGUUUUGUUGAAACUUGCCGGGAGACCAUAAUUUGAUAUUGAACUAGAUGGACCUAGGAGAAACUGAUCCUAACCAGAACACUUCAUUUUGCCUUCCCAGACCUGAAUGACUGCCUCAAAGGAGGGCGGGUUGGAGGGAAGGCAAAAGCAUCAUCCAAUAAGAUUAUAUUUCUUAUUCAUCUGAAAAAGGAUAAUGCACAGAUUUACUGAAUGCCAAAUUUCAAUGUAUGUUAUCAUGUAACAAAAAAAGGCAUUUUCCAAAUGGAUUAUUUUUUGCUCAGAAGUGCUUGUUUAAAUGUUGCUGUGAGGUAAUUUCCAGGGAAAUCCCCCUCUAAGCCACAAGAGACCUAUCUGUACAACUUGAAAGUUGUAUUUAUUUAAUGUACCUCACAGUGUUUUAACAAUGAUCAGUGUUUUAAUAAAAAGUAUUUCUGACUCUUGCUUCUCCAAGGACUGAUUGGAGUAGAAUCAGAAGAGGAUGAUACACUUGUUAUUACAGAGGCUCUGAAUACUCACCACAUUUUUAGGUGUCUGUGUAUUUAGCAUGCCAGGACUUACAGAGGAGCCCAACAAAGGCUUGAGAACUGAAAGGUGUAUAUCAUCAUAGCUUUUCUCAGAAUUGCUUCAAAUGGACAUAAGAGUUCAGAAAUAGCAGUACCUAAAUGAAGGGUGAAGGGGUAGGCUGGGCAUGCCCAGAAGUGCCAUCCAAAACCAUGUCAAGACAUUUCCCAUAAAGCUGUCAUCCCUCCAAACCAUACAUGUGACUUUAAUGUUUUUGCAGGCUUCCAUCCUACAGAUUCAGGGCUACAGCUCAGAAUUAUCCUUUAAUUGAACUUUUUUCAAAUAGGAUUAUUUGAUGAGAAUGGUGGUUCCUGGUGCAUACACAUUUAUAUUAUUUCGCCUAACGUGGUACUCAAUGGGGAAAAAGUACUACUAAGUGGAAAUCUUAGAGUGCUGUUUUUAAAAAUCUAGGUCUUGUAGCUUAUUGGUGUGAGAGGAACAAUCAAGGCAAGCUUCAGACCCCAGCUGGUCACUGAAUCGAUGCAAUUGGAUAGGCCCUGAUAUGCAAGGCUUUCCCUACAGCCACUAGGCUGUGGUUCUGAUUGAGUAAGGGGGCACAAGGAUGGUGUCUAGUAGAGUCAUUUAAUGAGCUACCCUUCUGGCUUUCCUGAUUUAAUCCCAGGUAAAUUUAUACUCAGGUUCUUUUGGUGACAUCAUAAUUUAAGUAUAAAGCCCCUUCUGGGGAAACAACUUACAAAAUAGAAAUUAACCCUUUUCCUAGAUUGGCAACAGUCUAGCAUUUUUUCACUUCCUGGUAUUCCCAGAUGACUUUAUAACAUUCCCAGUUCAUCUGAGUGAUUUUAAUUAGAGAAGGAAAUCUUGCCGGAAUUUCAAAUUGAAGUUCCCACUUUAAAAAUGAAAAUUAUAUUUUGGGUCUGUUCAUGUGGACUCCUUGGGGAGGGGGGGGUUGUACUCCACCAUUGCCACAAAACUGACAACUGAUGCUUAUUUGAAAGGCUGCUCUUUUUUUAUGCAGGUGACAACACAGUCUGUAACUUAAACAUGAUUUAAAUACUUUAUUUACCACAACCCAGGAUUGACAAGGUAAAGAAAAGCCUUGUUCUCAUCAACCCUUAUAUCUCCCCCAGGAAAAAAAAUUAUACCAUAAUUCAGCAUUGUUGGUAAUGAAUGAUUUGCCAAUGCAUAAUGCUCAAUCUAAUCCUUAUUGCAGAAGAUAACUGUACCUCCUGGACUUGUGACCUUGAAAAAGGGGAGCUUAUUGAAGGAUGGAAGUACUGCAUAAGUCAUAAUAAGUAUAUACUGAGAGCCAAAGAAUUUCAUAAAGCAAAGAACAUUUGUUUAGCACUUUAGAGUUUUAUGGUGCUCUCACAUGUCUCUCAUUAGGUCCUGACAACAAAUCUGUGAGGCAUCAGACCUGGAGUUCAAAUUUCAUUGCUGCUACUUGGCUACAUUUAUAACUUUGGGCCACUCACUUAACCUCUUCUGGACCUCCAUUCCCUCACUUAUAAAAUAAGGUAUGGAACUAGAUUCUGUCUAAGACCCUCUUCCACUUCUUAAUUCCAUUACCCUAUCCAAGAUUUUUGUCAUUUCAGUUCUGUCUGACUCUCUGUGACCCCUAUUUGGGGUUUUCUUGGCAAAGAUACUGGAGUAGUUUACCAUUUCCUUCUCCUGCUCAUUUUACAAAUGAGGAAACUGAGGCAGAGUUAAGUGACUUGGCCAGGGUCACACAGCUAGUGUCAGUGGCCAGAUUUGAACUUUGAAAGAUUAGUCUUCCUGACUCCAGGCCCAGUACUCUAUCCACUGCUCCCCCUAGCUGCUGUAUUGCCCAAGAUACUUUCACUAGUAAAGGCUGGAGUUGGGAACCAUGCAGCCUAGUACCUAUGUUCUAAAGUCCAGUACUCUUAUCACUCUACCAUCCUGAUAAGACAGAUAAAUUUUUGUCCCCAUCCCCUUAUAAAUCAAACCCACACAUUUCUAUCUUAGGUUCCUAGAGACACAGAGCUUCUCUUGGUUAAAUGAAUUGAUGUACAACCAACUCACCAGGCAACACAACGUAAAAACUGCCUUAUUUAUUUUUUUGCAGGGCAGUGGGGGUUAAGUGACUUGCCCAGGGUCACACAGCUAGUAAGUGUCAAGUAUCUGAGGCUGGAUUUGAACUCAGGUACUACUAAAUCCAGGGCCGGUGCUUUAUCCACUGAGCCACCUAGCUGCCCCUAAAAACUGCCUUAUAACAAGCAUAGGGUCGUGCAAAGUGACAAAAGAGUAGUCUCACCCUCCCCCCAAGUGAGUUUAGUGAAAUCAGUCACCAUUAUUGAAAUUAUUUUAGCAGAUGCAUUUUCAGUUGCAUUGAUGUGACGCUACAGUGACAUCCAGUGGCAACCAUUCAUGCUAAUAGCAAGCACACAGUCCCUCAGAAUCUUAUAGCUGAGAGCUCUUAGGCUCUACAACCCAUUUAAUGAUGAUGGGAUGGGAUAUUUAGUAGCUUUUGGAAAUACUGAAUAAAGUGAGUUUUUUGCUACCUUGGUGUGAGACUGAAUAUUAUGAGAGAUGCUGACCAUUAAAUCCUCAGUGAACAAAACAAUCCAAACAAGCACCUUUUGUUUAUUACUUCAGAUUUAUUAGUGAGAUUAGCUUAAUUCUUUCCUAAGGUCAGUUGCAUGCAACACAUAGGUUACUCCUUGAAAUACAGUAAUCCUAAAGCUUUAGUUACUGCAUGGUAAGGCUUCUUAAGUCACAGUGUAUUUCUUCAAGGCCAUGGCCAAAAAAAAAAAAAUCAA